AAAACUCCCCAAAACCAGCGCUGUAUUUCAUUAUUAUUCUUUUUCUGCUUUCAACUUUUCAACCACAAAUGUUUUAAUUCUCUCUCUCUCAUUCAUUGUCCCAGGAAACGAACAAACCCGGAUGGAUGCGCCUCCGUAUACAAGAAGAGAACGGUGCCACCAUUCCUCUUGUGCCCGUGUGUGUUUUGUUGGGGUCUCUCUCUCUGAAAAUCUCGAGAAAUUUCUUAUCUGGGGUUUAUGGGAUCUGGGUUCUCUGCUCUUGCCAGAGAUAUUAAUGGAUCGUCUUCUUCAUCUGAGCCCGGUUUAGGGGACUUGCCGGAGGGCUGUGUGGCUUCCAUCCUUACCCAUUUGGACCCACAAGAGAUUUGUGGACUUGCGAGGUUGAAUCGUGCUUUCCGUGGUGCUUCUUUGGCCGAUUUCGUCUGGGAGUCCAAGCUUCCGUCAAAUUACCGUUUGCUUGUCGAGAAAGUGUUCGAUGGAUUCCCAGAAGAUCUGGGUAAAAAAGAGAUUUAUGCGCGACUGUCUCGGCCCAAUUCGCUUGACGGAGGCACCAAGAGAGUUUGGCUGGACAAGAGUACAGGAAUGGUUUGCUUGUCCAUUUCUUCGAAAGGGUUAUCGAUAACUGGCAUAGAUGAUCGAAGAUACUGGAAUCACAUACCGACUGAAGAAUCUAGAUUCCAUACUGUUGCAUAUCUUCAGCAAAUCUGGUGGUUUGAAGUUGAUGGGGAGGUUGAGUUCCUGUUUCCAGCAGGGACCUACAGUGUAUUCUUUAGGCUGCAAUUGGGCCGUUCCACAAAGAGGUUCGGUCGACGAAUCUGUAACCCUGAGCAUGUCCAUGGAUGGGAUAUUAAGCCCGUGCGUUUCCAGAUGUGGACUUCAGAUGGUCAGUAUGCAGCAUCCCAGUGUUUUCUGGAUGGACCUGGAAGGUGGAUCUACUACCAUGUUGGAGACUUUGCUGUGGAAAAUGCCAAUGCAUCAAUGAGGAUCAAAUUCUCAAUGACCCAGAUUGACUGCACACACACGAAAGGUGGUCUGUGCGUGGAUUCUGUACUUGUAUACCCUAGUGAGUUUAGAGAGGUUAAAGCAUCUUUGAAUUGGAAAUAAUUAAGUUCUUUCAUAGAUAGGAGUUUGUGUUAUAUAGACAAAGGUAGAGUAUAUCCAAAAGAAAAGUAGAAACCAAAAUCUUUUGGUUCGUUCAGGCCAAGCAAUGCGGUUUUUUAUAUGCACCUAAGCCUAUGUAAAUAUUUGUAUUUGCCUAUUUGUUUGAUUUGUAUUUCGGUUUUCUUUUCUCCAUUGUCAGUUGCCUAUUUUUGUAUGGGACUUUGGAGGACACUGCUAUUUUUAUGCGUUUAGUCAGUUGAUGGCUUCAUUUGUUAUUUGUUUAA